AUGAAACCAUCAAAGGCAUCCCAGCGUUAUAGGAGCAUCCGGAGAAAUGCCAGCCAGCACUACUUCUACCAGGAGUCCCUGCUGCUCAGCAACUUGGAUGACAGCUUUACUGCUGAUGAAACAGGGGACAGCCAUGAUCCAGAACAAAUCUUCCAGAAUAUACAGUUCCAGAAAGAUCUCAUGGCAAACAUUCGCUGCCGACCCUGGACCAUGGGACAGAAGCUGAGGGCACUGAGGCGAGCGAAGGACAUUGUGCUGAAGUUUGAGGGGAGGCUGACCAGGACCCGAGGCUACCAAGCGGCAGGUGCAGAGCUGUGGCGGAAGUUUGCUCGUCUGGCCUGUAACUUUGUGGUCAUCUUCGUCCCCUGGGAAAUGAGGAUAAAGAAAAUCGAGAGUCAUUUUGGAUCUGGUGUUGCCUCUUAUUUUAUAUUCUUGAGAUGGUUAUUUGGAAUUAAUAUUGUGCUCACGAUUAUGACAGGUGCUUUUAUUGUCAUUCCAGAGCUCAUUGCAGGCCAACCCUUUGGAAGCACAGCCAGCAAAACCAUCCCCAAGGAGCACAUUGCAUCUGCCCAAGAUCUGGACACCGUCUGGUCCCUGGGGGGUUACCUCCAAUACUCAGUCCUCUUCUAUGGCUACUAUGGCAGUGAGAGAAGGAUCGGGAGGGCUGGCUACCGGCUGCCCUUGGCCUAUUUCCUGGUGGGGAUGGCAGUGUUUGCUUACAGCUUCAUCAUUCUCUUAAAAAAGAUGGCUAAGAAUUCCCGCAUGAGCCUCGCCAGCGCUUCCAAUGAAAACUACACGUUCUGCUGGCGGGUGUUCUGCGCCUGGGAUUACCUCAUUGGAAACCCAGAGGCGGCAGAGAGCAAAACCGCUGCCAUCGUGAACAGCAUCAGGGAGGCUAUACUGGAAGAACAGGAGAAGAAGAAGAACAAAAACCUGGCAGUGACCAUCUGCCUGAGGGUCGUCGCCAACAUCUUGGUGCUUCUCUCGCUGGCUGGGAGCAUCUAUCUCAUCUACUUCGUGGUGGAUCGGUCCCAGAAGCUGGCACAGUCCAAGAAGGAGCUGACGCUCUGGGAAAAGAACGAGGUGAGCGUGGUGGUCUCCCUCGUCACCAUGUUGGCACCAUCAGCCUUUGACCUCAUCGCCGCCUUGGAGAUGUACCACCCACGGACCACACUGCGCUUCCAGCUGGCAAGGGUCCUUGUGCUGUACCUGGGAAACCUCUACAGUCUGAUCAUCGCCCUCCUGGACAAAGUUAACAGCAUGAGCACUGAGGAAACUGCUCCCCCAAAUAGCACAAGGCAUUGGAUAGAUUCUACCAUCUUCUUUGUCACCAGGGCAGCCCCUGGAGAAGAGAAGUGGUCCACGCCUGGGCCUGGGAUAGGGCUCAGGAGAAACAGCACUUGGGCCCUGGAACAAGCCAAUGUUCUGACUUACACCUCGCCUCUCUCAGAGGCCAACAAGACCACUGCUUCCACCCAGAGUCCGCAAGGCCAAUGCUGGGAGACAUACGUUGGACAGGAGAUGCUGAAGCUGUCCAUCAUUGACAUGCUCUUCACCGUGGCCAGCAUUCUGCUCAUAGACUUCUUCCGAGGACUUUUCGUUCGGUACUUAAGUGACUACUGGUGUUGGGACCUGGAGAGCAAGUUUCCUGAAUACGGGGAAUUCAAAAUAGCAGAGAACGUGUUACAUUUAGUCUACAACCAAGGAAUGAUUUGGAUGGGGGCCUUCUUCUCGCCAUGUCUCCCUGCCUUCAAUGUCCUCAAACUCAUCGGGCUCAUGUACCUGCGCAGCUGGGCCGUGCUGACCUGCAAUGUGCCCCACCAGCAAGUCUUCAGAGCCUCCAGAUCCAACAACUUCUACCUGGCAAUGCUCCUGUUUAUGCUCUUCCUAUGCAUGCUGCCAACCAUUUUUGCUAUUGCCCGGUACAAGCCAUCUCUAAAUUGCGGGCCAUUCAGCGGACAAGAGAAGAUUUAUGACAUCGUGUCAGAAACGAUUGAGAAGGAUUUUCCCGCGUGGUUUGGCUCUGUGGUUGGGUACGUCAGUAGCCCUGUGUUUAUCCUGCCAGCUGUGCUGCUUCUUUUCAUGCUCAUCUAUUACCUUCAGAGCAUCGCAAGAUCCUUAAAGCUCAGCAACCACCAGCUCAGAAUGCAGAUCCAAAACGCAAGAUCUGAAGAUAAGAAAAAGGUUGCCCAAAUGGUAGAAGCCCGCAUCCAAACCCAAGACGAAAGCACCAAGAGGUUUCCAAAGGACAGCGAUUUCGGCAGCCAGCUGUCCUCGGCUCACUCGGCGACACCUCAAAACAAUGGCAAUGUGGUCAAUUUCGACUCAUCGAGUAGCAAGAGUAGCAGGGUGGAGACCAUCACCCAGCCCACGCCCCCGAGUCCCCAACCAGGACCAGGCAGUCCCAGCUUGCCUCUUCCUGGCAUCUCCAGAUCCGGGCGCAACUCCACCAGGUAUCCACGCGGCCUGUGUGCAAGCACAGGUGAUCUUUACAGGAAGAGAUCCUGCACACCUGGAAUGUUUACAAAGCACAUCGAAGACGUUCACUCGGAGCCUCUUUUCCCAAAAGACCUUCAGCAAAUCGACCAUGGAUCAAGGGUCUCAGCCUUGGUGCCACGGGGUCGUAGGUCCCGUGCCCCCAGAUACUAUAUGGUUAAUGAACGUGACCCUCACCAAAAAAACCAUUCAACUUUCUGGCCAGAAAGACGUUUCAAGAUAGACAUCUUUGGGGACCCUGUGGAGAUGUACCCCAGGAACAUGCAACAGUGUAUGCCCUGGGCCUCUCCACAGCUCAGUGAAGAAGAGGAGGAGAUGCAGAGGAGAAAAGUGAGCAGACGGGCUUUCUACCCACGCUCCCUGACCGACCUCCACGGGGCUCCUCAUUUUUAUGUUGGCAAAAGUUUAGAAAGUCAGGGCCUGACUCCUGAGCUCCAGAGACGGACGCAUUACAAAUCUUGGAAUGAUGGCGUUGAGGGUCAGCUUGACCGGCCAAUGUAUGUGCAUAAAAAGCCACGCUACCGGAAUUUCCAACACCCCCAGCACCCUCUGAAGCCCAGAGUUAAGGCCAAGUUCGAGCCAUCCGUCACAGAAUCCGAUUCCAUGUCGGCAGCAUCCAGCAGUGACCAGCAGAACAGCAGCACCGACCAGUGUCUCCAGGUCGCCCGCAGCCAGCCCAAGUUUCCGAGGUCUGCGGGCCAGUUUGGCAGGAGGAAGGCCAUAUCUAGGCAGGAGCUGACCACAGAUCUGAAUGACCUGAUUUGUUCAAAUGUCUAG